AUGGAUGCGAACGAGAAUCAGGAAUGUUGGAAGACAACUCCAAAUCUUACCAAAUUCACAGCCGUGGAAAAAGAUGUCAGUUGCAUGAGAGAGUUGGAACAAAACGUGAAAAAGUACCUUCCUGGGGAUAUUAUGGUUGACCUGCAUCUGGCGCCCGCUCAAAAAUGGCAAGGUCCUCUAGAGAAGGCAGAUCUGGUCUUCAGUAUUCACAGUAUUUACUAUUUCAAGGAAGAAGAUCGUAAGGUAAUUUUUGAGAACUGUUUUAACAAGUGGCUGAAACCUAACGGAAAAUUAUUCAUUCUGAUGAACAAAGACAAGUUUGACACUCCAACUCCGUACUACCUAAACGAUAUCUUCAGAGAGACAGGAAGGGUGCCUCUAAUUGAAUCAUACAUCGUCAAGAAGGAACUCUUAAAACUAGGCUGCACUAUUGACCGCUCCUUCCAUUACCAAUACUAUCAGGACCUGCAAGCCGGUUACGAUCAUGCUGUACCUUUUGUGAUGAUUCAUGCAAAUCCUCCUUACGAAAAUGAAGAAGUUCCAAAGAAGGCAAUCAUGAAGUUAAUUAAAAGGGGAAAUAAAGGAUACGCUAGCGGAACCAUGUUCAGCGUUAUUGAAAAAUAUUAA